CUCCCUCCCUCCCUCAGUCCCUCCUCCCUCCUCCCUCGCUCCUCCCUCCUGUACCUCCUUUUUUCUCCCGUCCCCUGGGUUCCACUGUCCCCUGGGGCGCCCAAGCGACCGCGGUGCUGACGCACUGCUUCCCGCAGUUCGGCAACGGCAAGAUCCAGCAGCAUGGCUUCGCGCGCAACCUGCCGUGGAGGUUGGUGGAGGGCGCGAGUACCGGCGGCACAGCUGUCAUGGAGCUCACCGACACUGAGGAGAGACCCGCAAGAUGUGGCCCUACGCGUUCCGCCUUACCAUGUGGGUGGAGCUGAAGGAUGACACCGGGCUGGACACCACCGUGCGCGUCGAGAACCUCUCGGACAAGCCGUUCGACUUCACCCUCGCGCUGCACAGCUACUACAGCUGCAGCAAGGUCGACGACCUGGUGAUCGAGGGACCCUUCUUGGGCAAGAGCAGGAUGGACAAGACCGAGAACCCCCCCGCCAUCUCGGCGGCGACCUCCGACGUCGUCAAGAUCGGCGCGUUCACCGAGGAGAUCUACAGCAACGUGCUGCCGGGCAUCUGCCGCCUCACCGACCCCGCCAAGGGUUCUUUGGAUAUCAUCAACGGCAGCGGCUGGAAGGACGUGGUCAUCUGGAACCCGUACGGGGAAACGGGCAUGGGCUACGAGGGCUUUGUCUGCUGCGAGUCGGCUGGCCUGACGCCCGUGGUUUGCGAGCCCAAGGGCACCUGGGACGCCACCAUGCGCCUCGUGGCGUCCCCGAAGUGAGCAGCGGAGGAGGGGGGGAGGGUGAGGAGGAAGUUCGCGGA